AUGAAAGCACCUUUGCAUUACAAUGAUUGGCCGAACACACUGGGUUUCGAUUCUACUUACGAAGAACGGGAACCCAUCGAACUCCAGGUUGAGGGGACUAUUCCACCAUACGCCGCCGGUACUCUGUUUCGCACAGGGUUAGGCCCAAGAACGGUCCGAUCUACCCCUGGGAAGGAGUUCAAAGUCAACCACUGGUUCGACAACUUCUCUCAGGUACAUCGGUUCCAAAUUCAUCCUCCCCAGACAGGCUCGCCGAUCAGAGUGACCUACAACUCGAGAUUGACCAGUGAUGGACUUAUUGAAAACAUUCGGAAGACUGGUGAGCUCGAUGGUUUCACUUUCGCCGCAAAAUAUGAUCCCUGCAAAUCUUUUUUCCAGAAAAUGCAGUCUGUAUUUCACCAGCCAUCUAUUCGGACACCGAAUGAGGUCAAUGCAGCCGUCACAAUGUCUGUGAACUUUCCAGGUCUCUCCAGAACCGGCCAAAAACAGGACAGACCCCACGACCCAAGCGAAAGAAUCACUCUCUGCAACAAGACCGACGCCAGUUUCAUUCAAAUGCUCGAUCCCGAAACCUUGGAGCCUGUCGGUGUUGCACAACAAGAUGUGCUCAACCCCGAGCUCAAAGGGCGGGCGAGUGGCGCACAUGCCAAGUCAGAUCCUGUGGAUGGUGAUGUGUACAAUUACAAUCUCGAUUUUGGGCGGAACGGCACUUAUCGGGUAUUCCGGGUCUCAGCAUCGACAGGCAAGACUUGCAUUCUGGCCAAGUUCCAGCACACUGCGGCAUAUCUUCACUCGCUUUUCUUGACGGAGAACUAUGUUGUGCUGUGUGUUUGGAACUCCAUUUACAAAGCUGGCGGCGCUCCCAUCUUAUGGACACGAAAUCUCCUUGAUGCUAUGACAUGGAACAAUCAGCAACCUGCCGUGUGGUUCGUGGUCGACAAGCGAAUGCCAGCUGAGGGAGGAAAAGGGCUCGUUGGAACAUAUGAGUCGCCUCCUUUUUUCUGCUUCCACACAAUUAACGCAUACGAAGAGCCUUCCACCUUCAAGGACGGCUCGGUCGACAUUGUAGCGGAUUUGGCUGCCUACGAGAACAUGGACAUAUUAUAUCGGUUCUAUCUUGAUAACCUCAUUAGUGACUCGCCGAAAGCGUCAGCGUAUAUGGAAAGUCUCGAUCCAGCAGUGCGGCCGAGUUACAGGAGGUUCCGCCUGCCCACGAUCCCGGUCGACCACGAGCUCAAACCUCGCAAGGCAAUACUGGAAUACGAAAGCAGCAAGGGGGAUGCCUUUGAACUUCCGACCAUCAACCCCAGAAUGGUCACUAAGAAACAUCGGUACAUGUACGGUAUUGUGGACACUGGGAAAUCUACCUUUGCAGACGGUCUAGUGAAGUACGAUGCAGACACCCACGAGGUCAAACGAUGGAGCAAGCAUGGACACACAGCUGGUGAACCUAUUUUUGUGCCGUCUGGCCAGACUGACGAGGAGGACGACGGUGUGCUCCUGACUGUCGUGCUCGAUGGGACGGCUGGGAAGAGUUACCUGCUCGUCCUUGAUGCGAAAACGAUGCAUGAGGUUGGACGAGCUCACGUGGACGGUGCGCUCGGGUUUGGGUUUCAUGGUCUUCAUGUCAGUGCUGGACAACAGAUGGCUCAAUUUGAUGGCCUGAGCUUGUGA